AUGCUGUGCGCUUGCUCCGGAGAGCAGUUCAGAUUCGAGGAGGGGCCGCCGUCCCCGGAGUCCCUCGCCACCAGGGACUUCUCCGUGUGCGGGGUCUCCUCGAGGACCGGGGAAUGGGAGUCCAGGCUCGAAGACUCGCAGGUGGAGGACGUGGAGUCAACCUUGAAGGAGACCGUCUCCUUGAACUAUGAGGUCACCUUCGUCCUCAGAUCCUUCCCCUUCGGUGGAAGACAAUGGUGAAAUCUGACGUCUCGAUCUCGUUGAAUUUUUAUUUCCGACAGGAAGCUCGUGCGCUGCUGGGUCGGCUCGAAUUCCAGAAGGGUAACCUGGACGCCGCCCUGCAAGUCUUCCGAGGGAUCGACAUCGCCGGCCUGAAGCCGAAGCUGACCAGGGCCAUCGUCGAAAGGUCCCGACGGAGGAGGGCCCGCUCUAAAAUGGAGAUCCUCCAUGCGAGCGUCAUGUCCAUGCACUCGGUCAGCCUGCUUCUAGAAGCCAUUCUCCUGAAGUCAAAGGCCCUGGAGGGUCUCGGCCUGGUCGAAGGUGGGGAAAGCUCCGUUCCUCCAAACGUUGACUUGAAGAACUUCCCCGGUUUUAUCGAUUUCUUCGCAAAUUUGCAGAGGCGGCGAGGGAAUGUGGGAUCAUACUAGACAUCGCUGAAGCUGCGUUCCCGGAUGGAAUGGCGGAGGGGCUCGGAGAGGACUGCAAACUUCAGGAGAUGCUCCACCAGGCGCUGCUGCUGCUCCCGGGCUUGUGGAAAGUCGCCGGUUCGCACAAGGAAGCCGUUGACUCUCACCGGAGAGUCCUCUCCAGGCCCUGGAAUUUACCUCCGCAGAAGCUCGCCACCGUCCAGAAGUGCCUCGCCGGACUUCUCCUGCAUGGCGGCGCUGAGACGACCGAAGUGGAGGAAGCCCUGCUGCUUCUGUUCAUCCUCUCCAAGAACAUGGCGGAGGAGGAGAUAAUCUUUGACCCCGAGGUCGUCUAUCAUCUCUCCUUCGCGCUCUCCAUAUACGGGCUGCCGGAGAACCUGGCGGAGCACAUCGAGCGAGCGCCGCCGGGAGGCUACUGCCGGCGGGAGAGGUGGUACCUCCUCGCUCUCUGUUACAGCGCCGCCGGCCAUGACGAAGCAGGUCUGAACCUUCUGAGGAAGGCGACGGGGUCGUCGGAGAGGCGGCGCCCUCCCCAUCUGCCGUCUCUCCUGCUGGCGGCGAAGCUUUGUGGGCGGCGGCGGGAGCUCGCUGGCGAGGGCGUCGGAUUCUCCCGGAGGGCGGUGGAGCUCGCCGGCGGCCGGCCGGAGCUCGCCGGCGUCGCCCACCACCUGCUGGGGAUCUCCUGCGGCCGCUCCGCCAGAUCAUCGUCCUCAGAUGUUGAAAGAUCGAGCUUCUACGAGCAGUCGCAGAGGGCCCUCGGAGAUGCUGCCGCAGUUCAUGGGGAUGAUCCUGAGGUGAUGCUGACCCUCGGGUGGGAGUUCGCCCUCCGGCGGAGCCCGGCGGCGGCGCUGAUGACCGCCGCCAAGUACUUGGACUCGGUGGCGGGAAGCUCGGUGAGAGGGUGGGAACUACUGGUUCUCGCGGCGGCGUCUGAGGGGAACUUGGAGGACGCCAAAGGGAUCGUUGACUUGGCCCUGGAGGAGACAGGGGAAGGUGAUCAGCUGGGCCUUUUGAGGCUGAAAGGUCUCCUCCAUAGCCUCCGGGGAGAAGCAGGACAGGCAAUAGAGACCUACAGGCUCCUGCUAGCCGUGAUUCAGGCCAGGAAUCAAAAUCUUGCUGGAUAUCCUCACCCCAAGGUCAACCCACCUCAGAAUCCAAAUUGCCCUGAAAAACCCACAUAAAAUUACUGAAUAAAUGCCAUUUUUUUACCUAUAAAUCUUUUUUUCAGGAGGCGGCGGCGGCUGUGAAAGACCUGGAGAUGGACGCCUGGCUUGACCUGGCGGGCAUCUACAGAGACCUCGCCUCCUGGUCUGACUCUGAGAUCUGCCUCCUCAAGGCAAAGUCAAUCUCCCGGUUUUCCUCCAGAUGCUGGCACGAAAGAGGUGGGAAAAUUGGGAAAUAUUUUCUCCCCUGAAAAAAUAUGUUCAUUCCGAUUUAAAUGAUGAUGAUAAUGAUGAUAGUUUCUAUUACAGGGAAGCUGCUUGAAGCGAGGGGGCUUCUUGGAGACGCCCUGUCGGCCUUCCACGUGUCCUCCACGCUGGACCCCCACCACGCGCCCAGCAUGGUGGCCACGGCGGCGCUGCUGGCCGGGCUUGGCCGGAGGGCCCGGCCCGCCGCCAGGAGCCUCCUGAUGAACGCUCUCCAGCUGGAUCCCAUGAGCCACGUGGCUUGGCUGAGCCUCGGCCGCGUGUACAAGAUGGAGGGCUCCCUGCUGCAGGCCGCCGACUGCUUCCAGGCCGCCCACGACCUCAUGGCCUCUUCCCCCCUCGAGGGGUUCCUCUGA